AGCUAAGAACAAGAACGCCUUUCAGUUUCCGGACAUCCUCAAGCUCAAACUUUGCCUGCAAAGGCAGAGCUGUGCUAUUUUCUUACUAUGACGAACUAGCAUUGCCUCAGAAGGAACAGCAGCUCGUUAUUUUCUCUUUACCUUACGCGAUGGCUGUUUCUUUCUUGACGAUUGUUCCAGUGAUCACUGCGUUCGUUAUCCUUUUUCCUGCUCCAGCUGCGUACGGAUUACCGAAAGGAGUCAACGGUGGAAUCGGCUGUCUUACUUGUACCGCUGUCGUUGCUCUUACAGAACAGCUGAGUAUUGUACACAACGAAACAUUUGUGGAUUCGUACGAGCGAUUGUGUAAUGUCUUACCUGAACUUUACAGAAAUGCCUGUCUUUCGCUCGGGGAGUACUACAUUCCCAAAAUCAUAAAAUUUAUAACAGCCGAGGUUUCUGCUGACGUUAUUUGCCAUGCAGUUGAUCUGUGCUACCAGGAAAAAGGUCAGCCGUACUGUCACGCCUUUCCACCGAGAAAAGACUUCCAUGAGAGGAUCACUCGAGCGAGAAAGGAGAUCGGAGCGAAACUAUCCUACGAAAGAGCCAAUCCUGAUGACUUUAAAGGGCCGAAUUUCGAUCCUUGUACUCUUGAGGGUGUUAGAGAAGUUUGUAAAUUGUUCCGCAAAGUUUUCACCAAUGAUUUUCCUCUGGUUGAUUUGGAUAACGAUACUUAUAGUGCCCUGACGGAGGCAUGGAGAGGGUCGUCUUGGAGGGGCAAAGAUUGCGAUGAUAUAAAUCAUCUUAACCAUCCUGGUGCCAAGCCAAGAAAAGGGGAUGUGGUUUUCGACUCGAACUGCAAUGGAAUUCAUGGCAGGGAUCCUGUUUUUGGGAAGCCCUUUGAAGAAUUGUUAUGUAAAGAUGCAGGAUAUCUUGGCAUAAUUGUUCUUGGUGAUUCAGUGGCAGCCCACUUUCACAUUCCCCCAGAAUGGCUUACAGCACUCCUGCUUUCUGACAAAGCUUUUGAAAACCUUGCCUUUAUUGUUGAGAAUGAAAUGGACUGGCCUCAGUUGUCAUUAUAUACAGGCUACCUAAGGUCAUCAAGGUGGCCCAUGGAAAGAGGUCAUAGUGAUUCAAUUUAUCUGAAGCUAUGGGAGAGGAAUCAUUGCAAUCAUCGGGAUUAUCAAAAUCUGGCCAAGAAUGGAGCACAGUCUUUUGAAGCUAACUCCAAACUUAUCAGAAGCAUGGCUAGAGACCCCAAUCUUGACCAGCCUGCCUUGGUGUUUUACUCACUCAUAGGCAAUGAUGUUUGUCAAGCUGUCCCUAGUCUAAAUAACAUUACAACUCCUGAGCAGAUGCAUAAAAAUGUCCUGGAAACUCUGAAUGGUCUUGAUAAGCGUUUGCCAAAUGGGAGUCAUGUAAUUCUGAUUGGUUUGGUGGAUGGACGAAUCCUUUAUGACAGUCUCCAUAACCGUAUACACCCAAUAGGAAGUCUAAGGCAUGAUGUGACAUACGAACAACUUUAUGACUUCUUGAACUGUCUACAAGUGUCCCCCUGCUUUGGUUAUAUGAAUUCCAAUGAGACCAUCAGGAAUAAAACAAGUGAAAGAGCUGCCCAGUUGAGUGCAGUGUUGAAACAUGUGGCUGAAACCUCGAAGUAUGAAAAUUUUGAUGUGUUCUACUUUGACUGUCCCUUGGAAGAAGUCAUUAAGGAGUGGAAAGCAAAAGGCCACCCAGUUUAUGAGUUAAUUGAGCCUGUAGAUGGUUUUCACCCAAACUUGAAAGCAGAAGCUCUGGCAGCUGAUGUCUUGUGGAGAAUUCUUGAGUCCAAAGUUCCACAUGUCUUAGGGAAGGUCAACCCUAACAAUGAUCUAAUAAGACUUUUGUUUGGAGAUCAAGGAGGAUACUAAGAAAGAUAGCUGUUUUUUAGGUGACCAUUUACGUAUAUCUUUUUAGAAACUCUUAAUAGGAAGUUUAAAGAUUAAUUUGGAAAUCAAUAGAGUAAUUUUGGCCAUUAGAAUGAUUUAAUAUUGAAUAAUUGCUGCAUCAUCUUUGGGGAAAUAUGUUUUUGGAAUGACUUUCAGUUGUCUUUUUAGGCUGGGAGAAUUACAUGAAAUUUUCAAAUUGUCAAAUUAUGAUUUAUUUCAUUGAAUGAUGAUUUGCAUUACCAUGGUAACUGCAAUAUUACUGCAUCUUUAAAAUAUUAUAACUUUGACUUUUUCAGGGUUUAUUUUUAAAUAUUUUGCAUUACAUAAGUUAAUAGGAGUACAAAAAGAAAACUAGUUUCAAUCAUAAGGUAUUUAUUCAAUAAAUCUGUAAUAAGUUAUUCUAAGACUUAUUUUUCCAUUUUUAUGACUCUGCAAACUCUCUCUUUUUCAAAUCUUAUUAUGUCAGUUUGGAGAAUUUGGUAUUGGAUCAACCAACAAUCCCCUGAUUGAUAUUUUCCUUCAUUCUCAUCUCUUAAUAUAUAUUUGAAAGGAAAAAUUGUCGCAGUCACUUGCUCAGUUUUUAUAGUUAUUAGUACUUUUAUCAUUUUUCCAAGACUUUUGGGACUUUCUUGAUUAUAGUGAACUCCAGUGGAUAUGAGAUGAAUUUAAAUAUGAAAUGAAAUUCAUUAAAACUCAUACGGGCAAUUCCAAACCAAAUUACCACCAGUGUUGUACCCUCUUGAGUUCCUUGCAGGGUUGUGGAAUCAAAGGUUCGGAACAAAUUUGUUUGACUUUAUUUGCUGGCAAUCUCGUUGUUUUUCCAGUAUGAUGUAACAGUUUUCAAUUUUGUUGUUUACAUGAAUUUUUUAGUGUGGGUUUUGACAUUUCUCACAAUUAAUGUUAUGAAGAAAUAUGUCUUUCCCACAGGGAAACACAUUUCUUUCUUUUUUUGUACUCUUUGUUCAACAACCAAGCUCAAAAUUGAGUAUCCUAGCUCUCACGGUCAUAUGUUCUCUUACCCAGGUGCACAGGACUAAACUCAAUCAUGAUGUGGCCUGUGGUAGCAUGUGAUAACCCCAUGAUGAGCAUGUUGACAUUUAAGACAUACUUAAUUAAGAACUAUGAAGUAAUCUGUGGCAGUAGAACUGAAAAGGGAAAAUUUAAUCAUAUUGUGGCCCAAAAAUCACAGCUAGGUGAAGGGAAAUGAUACUGCACCUGAAGGUAUUGUCUGUCCCAAGCUCUUGAAAAGACAGGAAAAUAUGUUCUUCAUGUCAGCAUUGUGCUCCAAUCAUAUUCUUUUUUAUCCUUUAAACCCCAAGAGUGAUUAGCAUCUUAUUUCUUGUUACAGCAAUACUGCUUCACCAUUCAUUAAGAGCAUGAGAAUAAAGGAAAUGAUCCCCAAACUAAGAAGCUUUAAUUGUUUAAAGAAUUCUUGUCAAUACCAAAGGAAAUGUAUAUAGAACAGUAUGGAGAAUAUGGAUGCUGAUGUUAGGGUGUAAGGGUUUGACUCACACGAUCCCAGCAUUAUCCGUGAUGCAGGAAGCAAAUUGCAAAUAAACUUGUCAAUAGCCUUGCUCGCUAUGGAGUCUAUGAUUCAGGAGUGGUGCAUCAGAGUGCGGACAACAAUGGCAACUCAGAAUUUUUCCAAUUGAGCUGUACUUGUGUACUUAUUAUCCUAACAAAUCCUGUUAUUUUGCCUGGUCUUACAUUAGUGACAUAUUUUUAAGAAGUCUCUGUCUACGAGCUUGGGCUUUCAGGCAGUGUUCAAGAGCAAAUAAGGAAUUUCAUGAAUUGUUUAUUUCUAGUUCAACAGUCAACUGAAAGUACAGGCCUUGUCAAAUCCUAGCAGUUAUUUUCAGACAUGUGCCUCCUUGUCGAUCACAUGAACCUCAUGAACUUUAUAUGCAACCUGAAAUAGUAUUGUUAUGAACCAAAAUUAGAAGUGCGUGGCCUUCUCUAAUCUUAGAAGUUCCGGGAACUACUAAAAUUAGGAUUGUUCUGAAUCA